AUGUCAACUGGUAUACAUGAUAAAUAUGAAAGUCCCUUAACUUCAAGAUACGCUUCUCCAGAAAUGGCUGCUCUUUUUUCACCAGCAAAUCGGUUUCAUACUUGGAGACAAUUGUGGCUAAAUUUAGCCAAAGCAGAAAAAGAAUUAGGAAUUAGAAGUAUAACUGAUGAAGCUAUUAAAGAAAUGGAAGCUCAUUUGACCUUAACAAAAGAAGACUUUGAAAUAGCGGAACUCGAAGAAAAAAAACGCCGUCAUGAUGUAAUGGCUCACGUGCACGCAUUUGGUCAAGUAGCUCCAAAAGCUGCUGGUAUCAUUCACUUAGGUGCCACAAGUUGUUAUGUGACGGAUAACGGUGAUCUAAUAAUUCUUCGUAAAGGUCUUGAUUUAUUAUUGGACAAAUUGGCUAGGGUUAUCCAUCGACUCAGUAGGUUUGCUGAUGAAUAUAAAAGUUUACCAACUUUGGGAUUUACUCAUUUUCAACCGGCUCAAUUGACUACCGUUGGAAAGCGAGCUACACUUUGGAUCCAGGAUCUGUUAUGGGAUUUGAGAAAUAUAACAAGAGCUAGAAAUGAUAUUGGAUUUCGUGGUGUUAAGGGUACAACCGGUACUCAGGCUUCAUUUUUAUCUUUGUUUGAUGGCGAUCACGAUAAAGUGGAAGCCUUAGAUGCACGCGUCUGCGAGCUUUCUGGUUUUGAGACACUUUAUCCCGUAACGGGCCAAACAUACUCUCGUAAAAUUGACAUUGAUAUUUUAAACCCUUUAAGUUCUUUUGGCGCUACAGCACACAAAAUUGCAACUGAUAUUCGGCUAUUAGCUAAUCUUAAAGAAAUCGAAGAACCAUUCGAAAAAGACCAAAUUGGCAGCAGUGCAAUGGCAUAUAAACGAAAUCCUAUGAGAUGUGAAAGGGUUUGUAGUUUAAGUAGGCAUUUAAUGGUUUUGGCGCAAGACGCUUUAAUGACUAAUAGUGUGCAAUGGUUUGAAAGAACUUUAGAUGAUAGGUUUGUUUUAAAUGAAUCAUUUUUGACAUCUGACAUAGUACUUUCCUUGCUUCAAAACGUUUUCGAAGGUUUAGUAGUAUAUCCAAAAAUGAUUCAACAUCAUAUAUCACAAGAACUUCCAUUUAUGGCCACGGAAAAUAUAAUUAUGGCAGUUACUAAAAAGGGUGGUGAUAGGCAAGAAUGCCAUGAGAUGAUUCGAGUUUUAAGCCAUCAAGCAGCUAAAGUUGUUAAAGAAGGAAAGGGGAAUGAUUUGAUCGAGAGGAUUAAGAAAACAGAAUAUUUUAAGUGUAUUCAUGAUGAGAUUGAUUCUUUACUUGAUCCAUCUACAUUUAUAGGCCGAGCACAACAGCAAGUUGAUAAAUUUAUAAAAGAAUAUGUAAACAUUGCUUUAGACCCUUAUUCUGAAAUAUUGAAAAAAGACGAACAUGUCACAUUAUCGGUCUAA